AUCAUAGAAACCAACGAAAUUCAAAAGCUUUCUCUGUGAGGUGGCGGCGGCGGGGUGGGGGUUCCAUUCAAGUUAUGCGCUCAUCAGGACUACCUAACUGCGGCGGUUUGCAGCAGACUCUCACGGCGGAGGCUGCUUCUGUUCUCAAACACUCUCUUGUCUUGGCUCGCCGGAGAGGCCAUGCUCAGCUCACUCCUCUCCACGUGGCACCCACUCUCCUCUCCCUCUCUCCCUCCUUCAAACGAGCCUGCCUCACUUCUCACCCUUCUUCUUCCUCUCAACACCUUCUCCAUUGCAGAGCCCUCGAGCUUUGCUUCAAUGUCGCCCUCAACAGGCUCCCCACCACUCCCUCUCCAUUUCUUCACUCUUCUCUUCAACCUUCUCUCUCCAACGCCCUCGUUGCCGCCCUCAAGCGAGCUCAGGCUCACCAGCGCAGAGGCUGCGUCGAGCACCACCACCACCACCACCACCAGAACCACCAGAACCAGCCUCUUCUCGCCGUUAAGAUCGAGCUUGAACACCUUACCAUAUCCAUCCUCGAUGAUCCUAGCGUCAGCCGCGUCAUGAGAGAAGCUGGCUUCUCCAGCACCGCCAUUAAGAACAACUUGGAAGACUUGUCUAAUAACUCUUCUCCACCUUCUUCUGUUUUCCAUUCUUACAACGCUUCCGCUCGCGGUGGUGGUGUCUUUUCUUCUCCUUGCUCCCCUUCCGCUUCUGAUAACACCACCAACCACCACCUUAUCUUUUCUUCUCCGCCUAAAAAACCACCGUCCUUGCUGUACCCCUUCAUCACCACCACCGCCACUGCACCAUCAUCUUCUUCUAAGGAGGAUGAUGUCAAAGCAGUUAUGGAUAUUCUUCUAAGGACUAAUCAUAAUAAUAAUAAAAAGAACAAGAAGAACGUUGUCAUAGUUGGUGACUCCGUUUCGUUAACGGAAGCUCUUAUUGGAGAGAUUAUUGGAAGGUUUCAGAGGUCAGAGGUGCCUCAUGAGUUGAAGACAACACAGUUCAUCAGAUUCCAACAAUUCAGAUCAUUGAAGCACAUGAAGAGAAGCGAAGUUGAGAUGAAACUCAUGGAACUCAAGAGGAAGGUGGAUGAUUCUUAUAAUGGCCAUGGCAUCAUUAUCUACAUCGGAGACCUGAAGUGGACAGUGGAGGAAGAAGAAGAAGGGGACGACGGAGUUUGUGGCGGCGGCGGCGGUUGUUAUAGCACAGUAAUGGAUCAUGUUGUUUCGGAAAUAGGCAAGUUGUUCUCUUCUACAACAACUGAAUGUGGGGAAACAACAAAAAAAGUGUGGCUAAUUGCAACAGCAACAUAUCAGACAUACAUCAGGUGUCAAAUGAGACAACCCCCUCUUGAGAUUCAAUGGUCUCUUCACCCUCUUCUUCUUCCUUCACCUGGACUUGCCUUGACUCUCCAUUCUUCCAGUGUAAUAGAAACAAAGCUCAAUUGCUGUGAAGAAUGUGCCUCAAAUUAUGAAAAGGAAUCUCAAUUUCUCAGACCAGGCCACAAGAAAACGUUACCUUUAUGGCUUCAGCCUCAUACCACCGAAACAAAUCAUCAGAAGGAUGAAUUAACCGAGUUGAAAAGAAAAUGGAAUAGGCUAUGCCAGUGUCUUCACCAAACCAAACAAGAAGCUCAGGAUUAUUGGAGCAACAACAAUAGUUGGAAUGCAAAGUCCUACACUUUUAACAAUAAUUCAUCAAGUUCUGUGUCUUUUACAGCUAAAUCAACACCAACACAUAGCUCCAAUCUUGUACCAAGAUUCAGGCGUCAAAAUUCAUGCACCAUUGAGUUCAAUUUCAGCGAUAAAAGGCAAGCAACAACAGAACCAGUCUUAGGUUCCAUGGAAUUAUUGGAAGGUAAAGAAGUAAUAAAGACUACUCUUGCUCUUGGGAAUGGUGGUUCUGGUUCAGGUAGUGAAACGGUGGUGGUGGAAAAUAUAACCGAUAGAACACUGCGAAGAGCUCAUUUUUGUAAACUGUUGCAGGAGAAUUUGCCAUGGCACUCUGAGACUGUUCCUUCCAUAGCAGAGGCCUUGCUUCAUUCCAAAUCCGCAAAACAAAGUAACAUCACUUUGUUGUUCUUGCAAGGAAAUGACAAAGUUGGCAAAACAAGGUUGGCACUUGCUGUUAAAGAAUCACUUUUUGGCUCAGAAGAUAACAAGUUUCUUCACAUGGACAUGCUGAAGAAGAAAGGGGCUUCCAUGGCUUCACAUUCUGAGAUGCUGGUUCAAGCAUUGAAAUCCCAUCAUCAAAAACUUGUGGUGCUUAUUGAAAAUGUUGACUUUGCUGAUGCCCAGUUCAGGAAAUGCAUCUCUGAUGGAUUUGAAACGGGAAAGUUUGGAAAUUUAAGAAUAGCUGAAGAGAAUUCAUCAAGCCAAGUAGUGUUCAUAUUGACAAGUGGUGGAUUCACAAGCAAUAAUGAAGAGAAAAAUCAGGGCUUUGUGAUGAGUUUUAUGUUGCAGGUCAGUGAAACCAAGCCUAAUAACUUGGAGCCACCAAUUUUUUGCCACAAGCGCAGGGCUGAGCUGGAUUUGUUUUCCAAGAUCAAGAGCCCAAGAAUUGAAGAGAAUAAUGAAGAUACAUCCUUGGUUCAUGAACAAUGUAGUAGCAGAAAAAAGGACUUAUCAAGAAACUCAAGCUUUAACACCCUUGAUCUCAACAUGAAAGCUGAUGAAGAUGAUGAUGACAAAACAGGAGAGAGUAGCCCAAUUUCAAGUGAUUUGACUCUUGAAACUGCGGCUGAUCCACUGAACCCAAAUGGAUUUCUUGAUUCCAUUCAGAACAAGUUUGAACUCAACACAAGUCCAGCUAGGGAGAGGGAAAAGUCAGAGUUGUUCUUAACUAAGAUCAAAGGGUGUUUUGAGGAUGCUUGUGGGAAGCAGAAUCUGGUGAAUUUUAGUGUAGAUGAGAGGGUAAUUGAGGAAAUUUGUAAUAGGUGUGGUUAUUUUACUAACAGCCAAUUUGAUAAAUGGCUGAAAGAAAUUUUUCAAAGAAGCUUGUUAGAAAGAGUUAAGUAUGGAGGGGGGGAAGAGAAGGGUAUACUUUUUAGGCUUUGUUGGAGUGGUAAUGGUAAAGGAGAUAAUAGAAAAUUGGAUAGGAAUGAGGGGUUUAUGGGUUCAUCUCUGCCAAAGUGUGUUCAAGUUAAGUACUUGAUGAGGUGAACGAUUUUGGGUACUAUUUAGAGGGUUUCUUUGUAAAAUUGGUCCACAAGGUGUAAAAUGGAAAUGGAAAUAUCUUUGUUUAAAGUGUUAA